UUCCCGUUUUCCUUCUCCGUUCGUUCCUCGGAUCCCGCGGCGAGCUGACUGUUGCGGACACGCCGUUUUGUCUGCCGGCGAGGGGAUGGGCUGUCGGCAUUCCGGGCCGUUGUUCGAAGACGGAAUGGGGGUCCACGGGCAGGACCUCGGUCACACCAGCCAACGAGAGGCGCUUCGGAUCCUGAGCACCUACGAGCAGCCAAUCACGUUACAGAUAGAGGGUCAGCGGGCAUGCCAGCGGGGUCUGCAGCUCCGGACCUCGGACUGCAGCACACAGACAGAUCGACUGUGGGACACGGUCCGAGGCCUGGGGGUCACGCCGGGGUCAGCAGCCAGGAUCAACACCUACACCGACAAGCCCUGUCGCAGUCACAUGACCCUGCCCCACGACAGCUGCACAGCAUCCGAGUACCUUCCCAGCAUGCACUACAGCAUGGAGAACAUGGCUUAUAAAAACCCAGGGCUGGCCAGCUGUGUACCCCAAGGACAGAGCUGUUUGCUUGGAUGCUGCAAUACUAACAUGGAGGAGCCCAGCAGCUUCUUGAGCCAGACAGAGGAUGAGGAUUUUGUGACAGAGAGGCCCAUGGGGUAUUUACCCCUCAUGCACGAGCUGGACAGUGGGCUGGGGUGGACGGACGGCAGUCUCCACCAGGGGGAGCUUUCGGGGAUGGAGACGGAGGAGGGGAUGGAGGAGCACACCAGCCGUGGAGGUUCCCCGUCCUCCGAAUCGUUCAUCUCCUCAGAGCUCAGCGACUCGGGCUUCUACAGCGUCAGCACCGGCGAGUUCCGCCGCUUCCAGAAGCUUCUGGAGCGCAGGAUCCGGCUGUACCGCGCCAGGGCGCUGGCUCCGGGGGACCAGAGGGAUGGGCAGAAGGGGCGCAGGGAGCUGGAGUCCAUCCCUGAGACGCUGACCCUCCAGCCUCAGACCGUCCGCCCCUCGAGGCCCGCUGGGCCGGGCGUGGCACACAGGUGCACCAUGGGAACGUCGGCGGUGCAGUUCCGGAAGGCCGGGAGCCCCUGCCUCAGCAGGUGCAGCUCCAGCACGGGCUCGCUGUUCCGCCUCCAGCCCGGGACCUCCAGCUGCAGUACCCCCUCCUGCCAGAGGAGGGCCAUGAUGCACCGGAACCCCUCGGCAAGCUUCCUGAAGAGAAGCAGCACCCUGCAUCGCUCUGCCCCUCACGCGCUGGAGAGGCGGAGGGCCAGUCACCCCGCGUCCCCCGACUACUGCAGCACCGCCCUGCACCACCACGGCAGGAGGCUGGCCACAGAACUCGCCGAGCGGAGGGAGCAGGCCCAGAAACGGCAGCCCAGCUGUGAGGUCAGCACCAGCCCCUUACACCGGGGACCCACCAAGGACCCCCGCGGAGCUUUACCCAGGGAGCACUGCUGUGGGGGCAGCAGCAGUAGGGUGGGCGUUGAGAAGCAGGGGAGGAGCUUCAGCAGGGACGUCAUGGAGAGGAACGCCGCGGAGAGGAACGUCAUGGAGAGGAACAUCACAGAGAGGAACAUCGCAGAGAGGAACAUCGCAGAGAGGAACAUGGCGAGAGAACGGGAGAAGCGCUUCCACACGCUCGGCCACUCGCAAGACAUCCACGAGACCUGGCCCAAACCGGCCAACCGCUGCUGCCAGCGAGGGGGCCUGUACAGCACCCUGGACAACCACUCCGCCAACUCCCAAAAAGACCUGGCCACCAACCCCCGCGCCCUGCGCAACCAGCUGCUGAAGGAGCGGGCGUCGCGGCUGGCGGACGAGCGCGGGGGGGUGACCACGGACGAAGAGUCGCACGGCGAGGUGAAGACGGGCCGCUACUGGAACAAGACGGAGCGGCGGCAGCACAUGCUGCUCGCGCGGGAGCAGAGGCUGCAGCAGCAGCACCAGGCCCGGGGAGGGGCGCCCGCGCCCGGGGACGCCCGCUACGGCUCCACCGUCCUGGAGCUCAGCCACAGGAAGCUGAGCCGCCUGCGCAACCGCAAGCUGCUGGACAGCUGGACCACCGUGGAGGAGCUGCUGGCCCACGGCACCAGGCUGGGCAGCACCGAGGAGAUCCUCUGCCCCAGCUCGCUGCUGUCCGUCACCACCGUAUAGCGCUGUGUGUGUGUGUGUGUGUGUGUGUGUGUGUGUCUGUCUGUCAUCACAGUAUUGCGCUGUGUGUGUGUGUGUGUGUGUGUGUGUGUCUGUCUGUCAUCACAGUAUUGCGCUGUGUGUGUGUGUGUGUCUGUGUGUGUGUCUGUGUCUGUCACCACCGAAUAGCGCUGCGUGUGUGUCUGUCACCACUGCAUAGCACUGCCUGAGUGUGCGUGUGUGUGUGUCACCACCGUAUAGCGCUGCCUGUGUGUGUGUGUGCCACCACCGUAUAGCACUGCCUGUGUGUGUGUGUGCCACCACCGUAUAGCGCUGCCUGUGUGUGUGUGCCACCACCAUAUAGCGCUGCCUGUGUGUGUGUGUGUGUGCGCGUCUGUCACCACCGUAUAGCGCUGUGUGUGUGUGUCUGUCACCACUGUAUAGCGCUGCGUGUGUGUGUGUGUCUGUCUGUCAUCAUAGUAUAGUGCUGUGUGUGUGUCUGUCACCACCGUAUAGCGCUGUGUGUGUGUGUGUGUGUGUGUCGGUCACCACUGUAUAGCACUGCCUGAGUGUGUGUGUGUGUGUAUGUAUGUAUGUAUGUACAUCCGUUACCACUGUAUAGUGCUGCAGGGUGUGUGUGUUUCUGUGUCUGUCAGCACCAUAUAGUACUGUGCGUAUGUCACCACAGUGUAGCGCUGCGUGUAUGCGUGUGUGUAUACAUAUGUGUGUGUGUCUGUCAGCACUGUAUAGCGCUGUGUAUGUAUGUCCGUCACCACCGUACAGCCCUGCGGAGUGUGAGCGUACAUGCGUGUGUUUGUGGGUGCGUGAGCACGUGUUUGUCUGCACGCCUGAGCUUUUUUCACCAGGCGUGGCUACCUCCUGUGCUUGGCGUUUUGAUGUGUUUACAGACAGUAUUAAUUCUAAUGCUAUCUUUGCCACUGUAAAUCUUGUGUAAAUGGAGGGAAUUCUGAUGAUUGUUGAAUCUUUCUGUGUGAGGACUGAGGUGGAGGCACAGCUUUUGGAAGUGGUCACAUAAGCCAUCAGUCAACAUGAUGAUUGAUGGACAGGUGCCCUGGUGCCAUGGGAUUCUUUUUUACUCAGAAAAUGUCCAAUCGGACAAUGGGAAUUGUCAGUAGUCAGAAUUGUUUAUAAUUUAGAAAUGUGACAAUUCUAUCAGAUUGAUGAUAUAUGACAUUGUUUUGAAAUGGAGCAUCCAAAACUUUGUAUUUGUAUCAAGUUGGCUGUGAUGUUGAACCACUUUCAUGAAUUUAGCCUUAUCUGUUACACAUGUAAAUUUCAUUGGCCUUAAGAAGCCAUCAUCAAUAUAAAUUAUCACAAUUUAUCAUAAUUUGUCCUCUACCAUCUUUAAGUAGUAUUUAUCAAUGACCAGAUUAAUGUAAAUCCUUCUGUUAAAUUCAACACUUUAUGAUGAAUUGUCACACUUGCAAAGGUUCUUUACUAGUCAUGACAUCACUGCCAGUAACUUGAAUAUGAUUGGAUGUUGAUCUGUCUGCACUGUAUUGCCCUCUCCUGAUCACUACAAUAAUCCCAGUUUCACAGAAGCUAUUGUGAUUAGUGAGGGGCUGUUUACACUUUUCCAAACUGCACCGAAAGCAGUAACUUACGUCAACUGCCUUUGCCAAAAGGGAUGAUUUCAAAUAGACUAGGAUGCGAAAACCAGAACAGCACCAAUUUCCUAUCAGUCUGCUUGAAACUCAGGAAAUUCUUUAUAAAUGUGGGAUUAAAAUAAUGUACAGACAGGGACACAUUUCCCUUAUGGGACAUACGGUCUAAGAGACUUCAUUGACUAUUUUCAGUGGCACUCAAACCCCACUGUGUCAUAUUUUGCACUUUGCUGAGGGUGUCCUAUCUAUGUUUAAGUUGGCUCACUAAUUCAGAGCUCUCUCACAGCAUGUUGACUAGUUUCCCCAAACUCUGUCAUGUCGCAAUGGCAUUAACUCUAGGAUGUGCACAAAGCCCUGGCUUUCCCCGGCCCAUCUUCCCCACGCAGUACGCUCUCAUACAACAUGAUUCCGACAUUCUUUCACCGCCAGAGCUUAUCAAUAUUUUUGUGUGCCGCAUCAGAUGCAUGAGUCAAACUUUCUCAACGCUGUAUGAAAGCAGGAGUUUGAUGCCAUUCUCUGCAAUGCGUCGUUAGGAUUAUUGUCACCAAAAAUAGCCUGUUAAGUGAAAGCAAACCCCUGCAGGUAGUGAUGGAGCUUUCCUCAGCUCUGAUUACGAGCCCUGCCGACUCAGUCUGGUUCCCUGUCUGUGAAGUCACUCUUUUACGAUUGCUUGUUUCUACUUUUGACGAUACCUUUGAAUAUAAUGUACAUGUGGCUGUAAUAAAGAUUACAUUUUAAUAGUGA